AUGGCGAAUCAACAGUACAUCCCACCCCAGGUUGGGUGGAUGUACGAUCUAGUUCUCUGGACGUUUUCGGUUCUUAUCGACCUUUUCUUCCGAGAAGUGCACCCACGAGGCUCUUGGAAGGUGCCCAAGAGAGGGCCGUUGAUUAUCGUGGCCGCACCACAUGCUAAUCAGUUUGUCGACUCUCUCGUCCUCAUGCGCGUCAUCCGCACCGAAGUUCACCGUCGUAUUUCAUGGCUCAUUGCAGAAAAAUCUUUCAAACGCAAGUUCAUUGGCCUUCUUUCGAAAGGAAUCGGAGCCGUGCCCGUGUCGCGCGCCAUGGACAAUAUGAAAGUCGGAGCUGGUAAAAUUUAUCUUCCAGAUCCUAUAAAUGAGCCUACACUUCUUCGUGGAUAUGGCACCAAGUUCGACGGUCCUGGAUUUGAGCCAGAAGGCACCAUUCAUCUCCCAACGAUCAAUGAAAAGUCAUAUAGCGCAACCAUUGCGGAGAUUCGCGGUCCUGAAGAACUCGUGCUGAAGAAACCGAUCAAGGAAAAGGAUGCCCUGUAUCAGUUGACUGGGAGAGACGAUAUUACGGACGAUGGCAAGUUCACUGGAACAGCUUCUGAGAACGGCUCAAGCGACUUCCAGGGCUCAAAAUUCAAAGUCGCCCCUCAUGUGGAUCAGACUGCUGUGUAUAAAGCUGUAUUUGGUAGGCUCAGCCACGGCGGGUGCAUUGGUAUUUUCCCCGAAGGUGGCAGCCAUGACCGUCCAGAGCUUCUCCCUUUGAAAGCUGGUGUGGCAAUCAUGGCACUCGGUUCUCUGGCUGAGAAUCCAGACUCGGGCUUGAAGAUUGUGCCGUGUGGAAUGAACUACUUUCACGCGCACAAGUUCCGCUCCAGAGCAGUAGUUGAAUUUGGCACCCCGAUCGAUAUUCCCCCUGAGCUUGUUGAGAAGUAUAAGCGUGGCGAACGGAGGGAAGCGGUUGGUGAGCUUCUAGAUACCAUAUACCAUUCCCUCUUGUCUGUGACUGUAAAUGGUCCGGACUACAAAACCUUGAUGGUUGUCCAAGCUGCUCGUCGAUUGUACAAUACCAAAGGAAAGAAACUUCCACUUCCAAUGGUUGUCGAGCUCAAUCGUCGUCUGGUCAGGGGCUACACCCAUUAUAAGGGUGACCCGCGCAUUAUCAAACUAGAGAACUCGAUCGAAAGCUACAACAAAGAACUUCGUUUGCUUGGCCUCCGCGACCAUCAAGUUGAAUAUGCCAAUUUCUCCAUCAUUCAAGUGCUCUUCACAUUGGUAUACAGGCUGUCUAAACUUACCCUCUUGACAGUGGGCACACUGCCUGGUCUCAUUCUCUUCGCACCCGUGUUUGUCGCCACGAAAUCGAUAUCCCGCCAGAAAUCUAAAGAAGCCCUGGCUGCGUCGACGGUGAAGCUGCAGGGCCGUGAUGUUAUGGCAACCUGGAAACUCCUCGUCGCUUUGGCCUUUGCUCCCGCCGUCUAUGCCUUGUAUACCACGCUUUUUACCUAUUGGACCUAUCGCAAUCGCAUUCAAGGUUAUGUGCCUGAAUGGGUUCCUUUGUGGGCCAUGGUUUUACUGGGCGUCGUUCUAUUUCCAACAAUAACCUUUGCGGCCUUGCGCAUCGGUGAGGUGGGCAUGGAUAUAGUGAAAUCCCUUCGACCCCUUAUUCUCUCGUUGAACCCAUCGUCAGCCAACACUCUGGUAAAGCUCAGAACUCGACGAGAAGAAUUGUCUCACGAGGUGACUGAGGUUAUCAACACUCUUGGACCCGACCUGUUCCCUGACUUCGAUUCUGCGCGUAUCGUCGCCGAUCCCUUCCGAGACUCUGACCAAGCAGUCCAUGUCGAGGAAGCCAAGGAAGACGGUGAACCGCGGCCAAGUUCUCUCAAACGAGACAGCUACACGACUCAGGAGCCCCUUCCACGCAAUGAGUCCUUCCACAACCUAGCCAGCAUUGGGUUCUUCUCUACGCGUCCACCGAGUCGCAACAGUGCUUCAGGUCGUGCCCCUGCUGGAACAACUGGAGCGUUCCUCACAGCACCAAGUGCGCUUGACAGCAACGAAGGGCUGGAUGAAAUCAGUAAACGGAUCCAUAGCGCUAUGAGGGAACGCGGACAGGAACGUCGGAGGCGCAGCGAGGACAUGAGUUGGGACAUGGCCAGCACUGGAUCUGCGACGCCUCCUGAGGAGGAGGAUAUGAAGGAGAAGUGA